GGUUAAUACAUGGGAUUUGAUCUACAUAACUGGGCCUGAGAUCUGGGUCAUGGAGAGCCGAUGGUUGCCAAGUCGUUCCCUCCAACCCCUUGACUUAUUUGUCCGCGAUAUUUUCCACUAUGAGACCCCAAGUCUACUUUGACAUCUCCAUCGGUGGCGAGCCUGCCGGGAGGAUGACGUUUGAGCUCUUCAGCGACAUUGUGCCCAUCACAUCCGAGAACUUCCGCGCCCUAGCCGUCGGCAACAAGACGCCUCUGAAGUAUGCCGGGUCCUCUUUCAACCGUGUCAUCCCCGGGUUCAUGGCUCAGGGAGGCGAGGACGACAUUUAUGGCGCGUACUUUGUGGACAAGACCUUCGAUGUCAAGCACAGCAAGCGGGGGAUACUAACCAUGGGGAACGACGGCCAGAACAGAAACACGACGCAGUUCCACAUCACCUUUGGGCCCGCGCCAGCUCUGGACGGGAAGCACGUCGCGUUCGGCGAGGUCAUCGACACGCCCGACAACCAUCGGCUCCUCGAUCUGAUCGAGAACACCCCGACGAGCCGCCACAAUGCCGCCCCCGUCAAGGAAAUCAAGAUUGAAAAGGCCGGGCAGCUGUGA